GAUUCAAAUCCAGCCGUACCACUGGAAAAGAAAGGACCGAUGAUGAAGGAGAAGGUAACGAAGCAUGUUACCUGUACAAUAACAACAGCAUACUUUUUACUUCUGAUUGCGAUUAUUUCAAUCGUAUUAUCAUCUUUUAUAACCUAUUGGGUAACAAAACAAGCAUAUGAUCGGUCGCUUGAAAUAAGGCCCUCCGUCGAUGCUCAACAAAUAAUCGCAAAUGUAUCAGUGGAUGAGUCACCAACAGAAGAAGAAUUCAUUGGUCCUACCGCAGCUGAAUUACGUAUACCAAAAGAUAUUUUACCCAUAUGGUAUAAUUUGACGAUUAAAACGUACUUACCCGGUUAUGUGGACAUUCCAGAAAGUAAGAAUAUGACGUUUGAUGCUGCAUUGAUUAUUAAAUUUUGGGUUGAUGAAGAGACGGAUAAAAUUGUCCUCAACUCUUUAAAAUUGAAUUUUCCUAAUAAUAUGGAGGAAAUCAAAAUUUUGCAGGAUAAAGUUAUCGAAACCGAGCAGUUUUCAAGAGCACGACGAAGUUUGGAAAACACAAGUUUUGACGAGUAUAGCACCACUACCCGAACAACUGAAGCAGAAGAAGUGGAAGAUACAAUGGGAAUGGCAGAGAAUGAAACAGAAAGUUCUACGUUUGCAUCAACUAUGAAUUUAGAAGAUCCGGAAAUGGAAAACACGACCACGGAGCAACGACCGAAAAAUACUAAAGUUGCUGCUGAUGUUCAGGUGAAGGAAAUUGUUGUCAAUGAAACACUAGAAAUGGUAACACUGUUCCUUGAUGGAAAGUUAGAGAGAGGUCAAGAGUAUUACUUACAGAUAGCCUAUUCAGGUCCAAUUCAUAUGAAACUUGCUGGUUUAUAUCUGAGUCGAUAUCAGAAUGAUCAGGAUACGACGAGGUAUCUAGCAGUAACACAAAUGGAGCCAACAGAUGCUCGCCGUAUGGUACCAUGUUUUGAUGAGCCAGAAUUUAAAGCAAUUUGGAAGAUCAAAGCUAUUCAUCCGAGCGGCACUUCUGCUGUAUCCAAUGGAAUCGAAAUCAAAAAUGCUGAAAAAACGGAGGAUCCGGAUUGGGUAGUUACCUCAUUCAUCGAGUCACCACCUAUGUCAUCUUAUCUGCUAGCCCUAGCUGUUACCGAUUUUCAUUUCACUGAAGGGACAACAACCAUGGGAACAAGGUUCCGAAUUUGGUCUCGCGAAGAAGCUAUAAAUCAGACAAGUUAUGCUCUUAGAGCAGGAAUUUCAGCUUUAGAAUUUUACGAAGAAUAUUAUAAUAUUUCUUUUCCACUUAAAAAGCAAGAUAUGAUGGCUCUACCAGAUUUUGCUGCUGGAGCAAUGGAAAAUUGGGGUUUAAUAACUUAUCGUGAGAAAUUUCUACUUUAUGAUGAAAGAAUCUAUGCGCCAUCUCAGAAAGUUUAUGUCGCCUUGGUUGUCUGUCAUGAAUUAGCUCAUCAGUGGUUUGGUAAUUUGGUGACAAUGAAAUGGUGGAAUGAUUUAUGGUUAAACGAAGGCUUUGCAACUUUUAUGGAAUAUCUGGGCGCUGAUGCAAUCAGUAAAGGCAGUUUCCGCAUGAUUGAUUAUUUCUUGCAAGAUGCCGUGAAACAAGCAUAUCGACGUGAUGGGCAAGCCACUUCUCAUCCCUUAUCAUUCCCAAUUGAUAAAGCUGAAGAUGUGAGUGAGGCAUUCGAUGCCAUCACAUAUGACAAGGGUUCCGCAAUAAUAUUCAUGAUUCAACAUGUAAUGGGAUCUGAAAACUUCAAAAAAGGAUUACAUAAUUACUUAGAGAGCCAUAAGUAUCGCAAUGCAGAUCAUGAUGAUUUAUGGAACGCUCUUAAUGAAGCAGUUCCGGAUACAUUGUUAUCAUGGGAAGGUGAUAAACUUGACAUACGAGAUUUCGCAUCCAAAUGGACUCAACAGAUGGGUUAUCCAGUGGUUGAAGUACGUCGGAUUGAUGACAAAAAGGUUGAGCUGCGUCAAAAACGUUUCAAAUGGGAUGAAAAUGCGCUUGAGCGUGAGAAAUUUCGCAAUGCUAGGUAUAAAUAUGAUAUACCGAUAUGGUAUGCGGUAAAUGGAGAAGAAAUGCCAAUGACUUGGUUGCAUGAAUCACAAGGCUUGGAUGUGAACGAAGAAGAUUUUCUGGUCUUAAAUUCUGGUUCAAAAGGUUUUUACCGUGUCAACUAUAAUCUGGAAUUAUGGCUAAAAAUAACCGAUCAGCUGUUGAAAGAUCCUACGAAAAUUGAUGUUCGCACUCGUGCUCGAAUCAUCGAUGAUGCUUUUGCUCUUGCGGAAGCUAACUACAUUUCAUAUGAAAUUCCAUUAAAUCUAACGCAAUAUUUGCCAAUGGAAGAGGAAUUUCUUCCAUGGAGAAUGGCUUUAAAUGGUAUUGGUACUAUUUUGGAAAAUUUUAAUGAUGAGCCUGAGACUCAACAUGUUAGAGAUUACUUGGAACCGUUGCUUCUUCCAUUAUACAAUCGCAUCGAUUGGGAAAUUUUGGAAACAUCCUAUUUGGAUGACGAACUUUUCUUCGAAAAUGAGCUGCGCUAUGCGAUCAUUCGGCAAAUGUAUCAUCUGCGCAAUAUAAAUUGUACGGAAAAACUAUAUGAUAUAUUUCUUAAAAACUUUUUGGAUCAAUGUCAAGAUGAAAAUACUCCAAGCAGUGAAUGCAGCACAGUGCCAGUGCCAAUUCGACCUCAAGUCUACUGUGAAGGUGUCCGAGUAAGUGCGGAGAAAAUAUGGAACAAAGUAUUUGAACUUUAUAGACGUGAACAAGUUCAAGUGGAACGGGAGCGUUUGCUUGGAGCUCUCACUUGUUCACGUGAUUCAUUCACUCUCAAAAAACUUCUGAAACUGGCAUCUAAUUUGAACGAUUCAUCGAUUCGACUACAGGAUACGCCGAGCACAUUUGGAAAUGUAGGUGCUGGAGAUGUCGGCCGUUUGAUCAUCUUCGAUUAUUUCCAGGACAGCUGGUCUCAACUCCAUUCAGAUAUGAAAGAACAACAGACUUUCUUACGAAAAAUCAUAUUAACCUCAACAUCAGUAUUAAAUGAAAGGCAAAUUACACAGCUUGAAGCUUUUAUAAAGAAGUACAGGAAAGAUACGAGUAAGUUGGAUGUAUUUGGGCAACAACUGGAAAAGGGCAGAACUGCAAAGCUAUGGCGUGACCGAAAUCUGAAGAUGCUUGCGGAAUGGUUUAGGAAUCAGAAUAUGAAAAGCGCACAAUAA